AUGACGUUGCGCAAAACCGAUAAGCAAGCACGUGACAUUCCUACUCAGGCAGGCGGUCAACACAUAUCGAAUCUUUUUUUUUUCUUCGGGGUCAAACACCCGCUGCAUAGCCUCGAAGACCAACCACUUUUUUCGGUUGCCAAUUUCUUGCCCAUCAUGUCUGACGAAAUUGUCUGGCAAGUGAUCAACCAGCAGUUCUGCUCCUACAAGCUCAAAACAACCAAAGAUCAGAACUUCUGCCGCAAUGAAUACAACGUCAGCGGUCUGUGCAAUCGCCAGUCCUGCCCAUUGGCCAACUCGCGAUAUGCGACAGUGCGAACCGACCCCGAAACAGGCGUCAUGUAUCUUUACAUGAAGACCGUCGAACGAGCCCAUAUGCCCAGCAAAUGGUGGGAACGUGUGCGCCUCUCCUCCAACUACGCCAAAGCCCUCGAGCAGGUCGAUGAGCGCCUCAUCUACUGGCCCAAGUUCUUGACCCACAAGUGCAAGCAGCGUCUCACCCGCCUGACGCAGGUCAACAUUCGCAUGAAGAACAUCGCUAAGGAGGAUGAGCGCCUCGGAGAGAAGGUUGUUCCCAAGCUGGCGCCGAAGGUCCGCCGUCGUGAGGAGACUCGUGAGCGCAAGGCCGAGUCCGCCGCUAAGGUCGAGAGAGCCAUUGAGCGCGAGCUUAUCGAGCGUCUGCGCAGUGGUGCUUACGGUGAUCGGCCGCUCAACGUUGAGGAGGGUAUCUGGAAGAAGGUCCUCCGCGGUCUUGAGCGUGCCGGUGACGGUGAGCGUGAUGUGGAUAUGGAUGAUGGUGAAGAGUAUGAGGAUGAGGAGGAAGAGGGUGUUGGCGAGGUCGAGUAUGUUAGCGACCUCGACGAGGAGGAGGACCUCGAGGAUAUGGAGGAUUGGCUGGGUGUUGACUCAGCUGAUGACUCCAGCGACUACGACGAUGAGAGCGAUGAGGAUGAGGACAGCGAGGACGAUGAAGUUCCUAGCGAGGAUGAGAAGAAGCCCAAGCCUAGUACCAAGCGGAAGCACGCCGCUCCCCAGGCGAAGCCUCGCAAGAAGGGCCCCCGCAUUGAGAUCGAGUACGAGACCGAGAGUGCUGGCAAGGACCAGCUCAUGGCAUGA